AUGGAUGUGCAACAACAAGAGCCUCGAAUUAGCCAGCUACUACCGUCAAUUAAAUGUUCUGAUUGUGGCGAAACUGUAGAAUUUCGAAUGUUAGGUGAACACAUUUGCCAGGCUGCUCCCGCUGUUCCCGCCUUACCUCUUGCUUACCAAAAAUCUGCCACAAAAAGUCCACCUCCUUCUGCAAGACCAGUUAAAAACGAACUACCAAUGUCUAGAUCAAUCCCUAAACCAUUAUCUGUGCCUGGCAGUGGCUAUGGUUCACCAUAUGAUACUACACCCUCACCUACGGAUUCUGGUUAUUCGGGGUAUUCGGGGUAUUCGGGCAGUAAGUAUGCUUCACCACCUCCACUUACACCGGGUUCUAAAGGAACAAAAAAUUUUCUACAAAAAUAUACGCAGAUGACUGGUAAACAAUUCAAUUCACCGUCACAUUCCCCUAGAAGCGCCCCAACAACACCUUCAUCUAUAGACAACAAUCAAGAAUCUUAUGACAAGCGAUUUGACAGACCACAAGUCAAUAGUGGUAAUACCUUUGUUAAAUAUACAUCUGCCCCUAAUGCAUAUCCCAACAAGCCAUAUGGACAAGGUUAUCCGGUAGAUCGUGAAAUAUCUGAUACAAGGAAACCAUUUAAUAAUGAUAGACCUUUUGAUCAUGGGUACAAGCAACAACAACCUUUUAAUGAUACUAGUAACCGUUAUAUGGACGACCCAUAUCGAUUGGGUAAACCUAGGAUUCCUAAUGACCAAAGGCCAGAUGAUCGUAUGACACGAAACCAAAAACCUAGUGGUUAUAAUAACGGGAAAGAUCCUCGUAGCAGAAGUCGAUCUCCUGCAGCUAUUGAUCGAUCUAAUUAUCCACCACCACCAUCAUUACCACCAUCUAAUCAGCUAUAUGGACAAUCACCAUACAGUUAUGAGGGUUAUGAUAGCUCUAGGAUGCCGCCUCAAUCUAGUUCUUUUGGACAAGAAGGAGGAGGUUUUGAUUAUUUGAUGAAUAAUUUAAUAAAGGAAAUGGAAAAUAUGCAAACAUCUUCGGCUAAUUAUGAUGAUCAAAAGAGUAUCAACUCAUCAUCUGGAGGUGGCACGCGGGAUAUUUGUGCAUAUUGCAAAACUGAAAUAAGUUCAUCGUCGUCUACACUGUGGGCACUCGGUAAAACAUGGCAUUCCAAUCACCUUCUAUGCGUUCAUUGUCGCAAUCCAAUUGACCCAAAUGUAGGACAUGUAGAAAGAGAUGGCAAUGUGUAUUGUCCACAAGAUUUCACAGAUUUAUUCUUACCAAAGUGUAGAAGAUGUAAUUUACCGGUAGAAAAGGAAGCUGUUAGUGCUAGUGAUGGAAAGCUUGAAGGGAAAUGGCAUGUAAACUGUUUUGGAUGUCAUACAUGUUACAAACCUUUCCCAGACAAGUCAUUCUAUGUUUUCAAUAAUGCACCAUAUUGUAAACGUCAUUAUCACAGAUUAAAUAAUUCUCUCUGUAAAACCUGUGAUGAGCCCAUUGAAGGUCCUUGUGCGCAAACGGUUGAGGGUUGGAGAUAUCAUCCACGUUGCUUUGUUUGUUUCGUGAACAAUUGCAAUACCCCCCUUACAGAUAUCUAUUAUAGUUUUGAAAAUAAACAAUAUUGCGAGAUGCAUAUUAUGGAAAUUCAACGUCGACGUAAAAUUCAGGCAGAAAAACAAAGUUUUAAACAAGAACAAAUAAAAAUAAUAGCUGAUUUUUAUAAAUUAGCUAAAUCACAUUCUGAAGAAAAUUUAGCUGAAGCAUUUUUAUAA